AUGGCAGCAUCGGAGCAUACAAUCAUAAUUGCAGGCGGAAGCGUGGCUGGCCUUUCUCUAGCGAACAUGCUGGAGAAGGCUGGUAUACGAUAUGUCUUGCUGGAAGCCCACCAUGAUAUGACACCACAAGUUGGCGCAAGCAUUGGUUUACAAGCAGGCGGACUUCGAAUCCUUGAUCAGAUUGGAUGUGCUGAGGAACUCAUGUCGCUGGUCGACAUUCCAUUGAAUGAGUCAUAUUUGCGAAACCCUGAUGGGUCUGUGAUUAAGCAUCAUCGCAAGCUUCAAGAUCUCUUAGUCGAGAGACAUUCCUACCCUACCAUCUUCAUUGACAGACAAAUGCUAUUGAAGGGUUUAUAUGACAACCUUGAGUCUACAGCAUCAAUUCACCCUGGUCAGAAAGUCGAAAAGGUCACAGAGCUGGAAAAUGGCAUCCAGGUUACGACUACGAAGGGCGAUGUAUUCAAAGGAGAUAUUCUUGUCGGCGCUGAUGGAAUCUACAGCACUGUACGAAGAGAAAUGUGGCGCUUGGGGAACCAGUCAUCCCCCGGGUAUUUCCCACAUGACGAAUGGUCGAACGUACCUUGCUACUAUAAGUGCAUUUUCGGUACUUCGCACUCUAUGGAAGAACUAACAAAAGGCGUCCAUUAUGUCUACAACCACAGCUUCUCCUAUCUGGUUAUGAUUGGACCUGGUGGGAGGUUCUACUGGUUCCUUUUUGUCAAAUUACCUGUCCCUCUUUAUGGCAAGGAUAUUCCAAGAUACACUAAAGAGGACGAGGAGAAGCUUGUCCAGGAACAUGCAUCUGACAAGAUCACUCCCGAGGUUACGUUUGGUCAACUCUACGCCGCCAAGACUAUGUCGACCCUAACUCCACUUCACGAGUACGUCUUCAAGAAGUGGCAUUACAAACGAAUUAUUACUAUCGGCGAUGCUGCUCACAAGUUCGAGCCUCUAACAGGCUGGGGAGGUAACUCCGCAAUUGAGACUGCUGCCACUCUUGUGAAUCACCUGAUUUCAGAUAUAGCCCCUACCUGGGAAAUUUCUAAGAUUGAAGCAGCCUUCGAAGCUGUGCAGGAAGAGCGCAAUGAACGAGUGCAGUGGCUUGUAGACGAUGCACACAAGACUCAGGAAAUGCAAGCCAUGGCCACACCCCUUCUCGCAUUCGUUGGUCCCCUCUUGGGUCGUCUUCUGGAUACCUCAACUGCACUUCGGCUAUCGGGUAGCAAGAACCUGGCCGCCAGUCGUUUGAAUUGUAUCCCUCUCCCUCGUCGAGAACAUUCGGUUCCGUAUAACGACGAGUUACCUGCUCAACCUCUGUCUUUACCCUGGAUUCCGGUCGGCCUUGGGGCUUUAACGCAGGGCGUGUUAUUUCGCUUAUCUAACAAGAUCCUGCUUCCCUUGCAGAUUCCCACCACGUUUGGUAGCGCGGCUCUGCUACACCAUUAUACAGGCGUAGGUAUCGUCGACAAGAUCUUGUCGGCAUUGGUAGCUGUCUUCAGCAUCCCUCUUGGAUCAGGCCAUAAAGAAUCCAACGUGCAGUGGGUUGCUUUCACGCCACUCUUACUGUCCACCACCCUUGACUGGACUGUUGAAAGUUAUCGACAUGGUAUGAAAGGACUACUUACCUCUUUUCCAUCCAUCUUCGGCGCCGUAUACCAACUCAAGGGUAUCGGACGGAUUGCGCCUCUCUAUCAUUUGAUAACGGUGUGCGAGCAGUUCUUACAUGGGUCAAUGGGGCCCGUCAGUGGACAAAACAUCGAUAAAGAGGUUGUAGACUCGCUCAUCCCUAGUCUCGGCCUGGGAGCUAUCUUGCCGACUGCGCUCAUGCUGUGGCCGUUUGAGGACAAGACCAUUUACCAGAAGUUUGUUGCCCUAUGGCAGCCUUUCCCAGUUUAUGUCGGUCUCCUUACAGCUGGUAUUUCCUCUGUCUUGCGUAGACAAAGAGCCGCCACGACGGCUACUGCACAUCAGCCCAAAACACCCAAGGAACGGCAGGAGGUGAGAAAGCAAAAGGAAGCAACUCACUCAAUGUUGAGAUCUGUCUACAUUGCUGGAACCGCCACGGCAGCACUCGUCCACCUGUGGUCACUCUACCGCAUCUCAUCCAGCUCAGAUCUUAGCUUUUCUGGCGUCUUUGGUAAGAUCGGAGAACUAGUCACUAGCUCAUGUGGCUCUGAUCAAGCAAGCAAGAUCUUCGGUUUCUUACAGCGCGAUAUGUUCUUGAACGCGACUUCUGUUUUUGCACACAGCAUCUACCGCAUUCUUCAUCUACGAACCUCAGGGUAUGUUACCAACAAGGAGGCUGUGGGGGCUACUCUGGCGCUGGUGGUUGCACAGCCUGUUUUGGGACCAGCUGCCGCUCAUAUUGGCCUACUUGGAUGGAGAGAGGAAGUUCUGAUGAGGAUUAGCAGACGUGUUAGUGUUGAUAACUAG